AUAUUUCAGGGAACGCAGAAGCGAGCACCCCCGUCAGAGAUGGCUCCUGCUGCUGUGAGCCUGAGGGCCACUAUCUUCUGUUUCUUGGCGUGGGCUGGUCUGGCCGCUGGUGACCGGGUGUACAUACACCCCUUCCACCUCCUCGUCUACAGCAAGAGCAGCUGUGACCAGCUGCAGACGUCCAAUGCAGAGACACCCAAAGACCCGGCCUUCACACCUGUCCCGAUUCAGGCCAAGACGUCCCCUGUGGAUGAGGAGGCUCUGCGAGAACAGCAGGUGCUCGCUGCCGAGAAGCUGGAGGCUGAAGACAGGGUGAGGGCUACGGAGGUGGGGAUGCUGCUCAACUUCAUGGGCUUCCGCAUGUACAAGACACUGAGCGAGAUGUGCAGCAUGGCCGGCAGCGCCGUCCUCUCCCCAACAACUCUCUUUGGCACCCUGGCCUCUUUCUACCUGGGAGCCUUGGACCCCACGGCCAACAGACUACAGGCGUUCCUGGGGGUCCCGGGGGAAGAUCAAGGCUGCACCUCCCGGCUGGAUGGUCACAAGGUCCUCUCUGCUCUGCAGACCAUCCAGGGCCUUCUAGUCGCCCAAGGUGGGGCUAACGGCCAAGCCAGGCUGCUCUUAUCCACGGUGGUGGGCCUGUUCACAGCCCCCACCCUGAGCCUAAAGCAGCCAUUUGUGCAGGGCCUGGCUCCCUUUGCCCCCAUCACCCUCCCACGCUCUCUAGACUUGGCCACAGACCCAGAUCUCGCUGCUGAGAAGAUCAACACGUUCAUGGAGGCUGUGACAGGGUGGAAAAUGAACAGACCCCUAACAGGAGGCAGCCCAGACAGCACCCUACUCUUCAAUGCCUACAUCCACUUCCAAGGAAAGAUGAAGGGAUUCUCCCUGCUGCCGGGGCUGCAAGAGUUCUGGGUGGAUAACACCACCUCAGUGUUGGUCCCCAUGCUCUCGGGCACGGGUACCUUCCAGCACUGGAGCGAUGCCCAGAACAACCUCUCCAUGACCGGUGUGCCCCUCAGCGAGAACGCCUGUCUGCUGCUGAUCCAGCCCCACGGCGCCUCAGACCUGCGCAAGGUCGAGGCCCUCACCUUCCAGCACGACUUCCUGACGUGGAUGAAGAAUCUGUCUCCCCGGGCCACCCGCCUGACCGUGCCCCAGCUGGCGCUGCGAGGGUCCUACGACCUGCAGGACCUGCUCGCCCAGGUCAAGCUGCCCACCCUGCUGGGCGCCGAAGCAAACCUGGGCAAAAUCAGUGAUGCCAAUGUCAGAGUCGGAAAGGUCCUGAAUAGCAUUCUUUUUGAACUAAAAGCAGAAGGAGAGCAGCCCAUAGAGUCUGCCCAGCAGCCAGAGGUCUUGGAGGUGACCCUGAACCGUCCAUUCCUGUUUGCUGUCUACGAGCGAGACUCUACUGCCCUCCACUUCCUGGGCCGUGUGGCCAACCCACUGAGCAUGGUAUGAGGCCCAGCCGCCACGGAGAUGCAGCUGUCACUGUGCGAGGGCAGCAGUGCACAGCAACACUAAUUUGUCACCGCCAGUCUUCCACUUUUUCUUCCAAUGAGUCAUCUUGGAGCUGG